AUGAAGUUUCUCAACGCCGCCAUCGCCGCCGCCAGCUUCGGGUCCGUCCUCGCUGCGCCCGCCAUUGACGCCCGCCAUGACAAGCCUACUGCCACGGUGACUGUCCCAGCUGAUUGCCCAUGCAACACUGGCUCUCCUGCCGGCAGCAGCAGCAUCAGCCUCCUCACCAACCUUCCCUCGGUUUCUGUCCCGGUCAACAUCAUCCCCUCGACCUCUUGCACAGAUGAUGCCGCUUCUUCAACAGGCGCUCCAGGCACUCCCGGCACUCCCAACAUCCCCGGCAUUCCCAAUGUUCCCGGCACCCCCAAUGUCCCGGGUGUACCCAAUGUUCCCGGCACUCCUGCUGUUCCCGGUACCCCCAACGUUCCCAUCGUUGAUGUCGAUGUCGACGUUCCAGGCACACCAGGCACACCAGGCACACCAAACACCCCAGACAUCCCAGGUGACGACAGUGGCGAUGACGACGACAACGACGACGACAGCAGUGACAGCGACAGCGAUGAUGAGGACAACAACAGUACUCCCAUCGUCGAUGUUGAUGUAGACAUUGAUGUUCCUGGCACCCCUGGCACACCUGCUAUCCCCACCACUUCUGGCAACCCUACCAUCGACCUUGACGUUGUCGCUAGCCCCAUCGUGGACCUCGAUGUUGAGAUCCCUAUUCCUGCCAUUACUGCUGAUGUCGAUGUUAACGUUGUCAUUGCCGACCUCGUUGCCAUCAUCGUCCAGAUUGAGGCUCAGGUCCAGACCGAUAUCCAGCUCAUUCUUGACAUUAUCGGCGCCGUCGACAUUGAUGUUGAUGCUCUCAUUGCCGUCCUCAUCGACCUCCAGGCCCAGAUUGACCUCCUCGUUGGCGACAUCACCCCCACUCUCAACGCUCUCCUCCUCAACGUUGACCUCCUUGUUGACCUCAACCUCGCUGUCGUCCUCGACCUCGUUGCCGAUGUCCAGGCUCUCCUUGGCGAGAUUGAAGUUACCGUCCAGGGUCUCCUUGCCCUCGAUGCUGACAUCCUCCUCGUCAUCUCCGCCAACCUCGAGGUUAUCCUCGGCCUCGUUGUCGACAUCUCUGUCCCCAUUGUUGACGUUGUCGUUGACAUCGUUGCCAACGUCGGUGCCUCUGUUGGUGCCGUUGUUGCCGGCGUUGUUGCCGACAUCCAGGUCGUCCUCGAUGCCAUCGUCGACCUCACUGCCCUCCUCCGGGUGGACCUUGGCACCAUCGUUGCGCUCCGCAAGUAA